AUGGAGUCUGCUCUGCUCCGUUCCCUUGUGACCGUCGAGUCUUCUGGACCAGACACAUUGAUAAAGGUCCCCACGGCGCCCGCAAAGGCUCACUCCAGGAUCUGCCACGCAGACAAUCCCCAGCGAGGCAUGUCCAUCGACCUGGACCGCAUCACCAGGCCCGCCACCCACUCCGGUUCCGUGGGAAACAACUCCGGACCGACCACGCCCAGCGCCGAGAUCGAUCUCGAGAUGAGCUGCCCGGGCACGCCGAUCGAGAUGGACGUCUCCGAGCCCGUGCAGAGCAUGUGGGAUCCGCACAUGAACAGUGCUGCUGGCGCCUUGAUCCCCUACAUGGAGAAAUACUACAACAUCGGCUACGGCAUAGUCUCGCUCAUCUUCGUCGGCAACGCCUUCGGCUUCAUCUUCGCCGCCGUCUUCCUCGACGCCCUCAAGGCCCGCCUCGGCAGCGGCAAGGUCCUGGCCCUGUCCCAGGUCAUCAUCGCCAGCGGCUACGUCGUGCUCUCCGCCGCGGCCCCCUUUCCGGCCGUCGUCGUCGCCUUCUUCUUGCUCGGCUUCGGCAUGUCCAUCUCCAUCGCCAACUCCAACACCUUCGCCGGCGGCCUGACCAACGGCACCACCAUGCUCGGCUUCGUCCACGGCUCCUACGGCCUGGGCGGCACCGUCGGCCCGCUCAUCGCCACGGCGCUCGUCACGCAGGCGCGAGUCCCCUGGAGCCGGUACUACCUCAUCACGCUGGGGCUCACCGUGCUCAACUUCUUCCUCGCGGGCUGGGCGUUCUGGAGCCACGAGAAGGAGGUCGCCCCGCCGCCGCAGCUCCUCGACGGGGCGGCGGCGGCGUCGUCUGGUGGUAGCAGCAGCACCAGCAGCAUCAGACAACGCAACGCCCCCGCGCCUCCGCCGCCGGCGACCUCGCAGCUCUUCAACAUGCUCUCGGCCUUCACCUCGCGCCUCGUCUUCCUGGGCUCGCUCUUCAUCUUCGCCUACCAGGGCGCCGAGGUCAGCAUCUCGGGCUGGGUCAUCUCCUUCCUCAUCACCUUCCGCGGCGGCGCCCCGUCCUCGGUCGGCUACGUGACGGCCGGCUUCUGGGCGGGCAUCGCCAUCGGCCGGCUGGCGCUGACGACGCCCGCCCAGCGCGUCGGCGAGAAGCGCUUCGUCUACGGCGUUACGCUGGGCGCCGCCGUCUUGGAGCUGCUGGUGUGGUGGGUGCCCAACGUCGUCGGCGACGCCGUGGCCGUCGCCGUCGUCGGCCUGCUGCUGGGGCCCGUGUACCCCUGCGCCACGGCCAUCUUCAUCCGCAGCAUGAGCCGCCGCGAGAAGAUGAGCGGGCUCGGCGUCAUCGCGGCGUUUGGCAGCUCCGGCGGCGCCGCGGCGCCCUUCACGACGGGCAUGCUCGCGCAGGCGGUCGGCACGUGGGUGCUGCACCCCAUCGCCGUCGCGCUGUUUGCCGUCAUGAUACUGUGCUGGUUCAUGUUGCCGGAGCCGGAGAAGAGGGACGAGUAA